CCUCUCUAAUUCCCUCUGGUGGAUCCAGCGUCUGCACUUCCAAGUACUUGGUCCAAAGAUCUAAAGAUCUUGGAUCAUUGAACCCCAUAAGAAACCGCUCCUCUUGGGUGGAUACGAACACAUUUUUUAUAAACUGACUGUAUUUGUGUGAGGGAGCGACUGCAAGAUGGUAGCUUCACAUAGCUGGCUGUUGGGGCUUAUCGUAGCUCUGCUUUGCACUGGACCGUUCAGGGAUUCUGUGCAGGCUGAAGAAAGGCUGCGAAGUGAGGAAGCCGAGGUGCUGAGCGGUCUGGACCCUACAGGAGGUGAGAAAGAGGAGGUGGCUGAUGAGGAGGAGGUUGGAGAUGUAUCUGAAGAAGUAGAUGAAGACGUGGGAGGAGAUGGGGAAGCAGAGGAAGAUGAAGACGAUGGAGAGGAAGCUUCUGAGGAAGAGGUGACACCAGAAGAGGAGAUAACUAAGGAGGCAGAAUCAGCUGAGGCAGAAGCUGAGGAUGAGGCUGAAGAGGAAGCAGCAGAGGAAGAAGAGGAGGAGGAAUACACAGAGGAAGAGGUAGAAGUAGCAGAAGAGGAGGAGGAUACAGAGAAAGAGGAGGUAGAAGUAGAGGAAGGAUUAGCAGAAGAAGAGGAUUCAGCACAACAGAUAACAGAGGAAGAAGAAACAGCCGCAGAGGAUGAGGCAGAAGAGGGAGCAGAUGAAGAGGAAGUAGCAGAGGAAGAUGAUGAGGCAGAAGGAGUAAUAGAUGAAGAGGAGGAAUACACAGAGGAAGAGGUAGAAGUAGCAGAAGAGGAGGAGGAGGCAGAGGACGAGGAGGUAGAAGUAGAGGAAGGAUUAGCAGAAGAAGAGGAUUCAGCACAACAGAUAACAGAGGAAGAAGAAACAGCUGCAGAGGAUGAGGGAGCGCCAGGUGAGGAAGAGGCAGAUGAGGAGAAGGAAACUGCUGAUGAAGAUAAUGAGGAGGCUGGAGAUGAAGGUGAAGAUGAGGAGACCACAGAUACUGUUGAAGGUAACUACUGA